AUGAAGACCGUGGCACCCUACGGGACAUGGGUGUCCCCGAUCACCGUCCAGGCCAUUGCAUCCAUGGCCAGGAACUUCACCUGUCCAAGAGUCAAUCCUCAAUCUGGCCGCGCUUUCUUUAGUGAAACCACCCCGGAAGGCCGCAAAACGAUCAUGGAGAUAACCAAGUCUGGUUUGAGAACGGUUCUACCAACUGAAUUUAGCGCAGAAAAUAGCGUCUACGGCUACGGCUCCGCGAUUUUCGGUGUCCUGCCAGAUGACCGCAUCAUUUUCUCCAAUCGAGAUCGAGCCGUCUGCCUAUUGAACCCUGACUCGGGAAAAGUCAUCGAAUUAUUUGGAAGCCCUGCUUUACACUAUGGUAGCUUUUCUACCAAUGUACGGUCGCCCUGGAGUCUCGCAGUCGAAGAGGAUCGUACGGACAGCACUACAGAAGGAACGCAGAACCACAUUGUGGCCAUCAAUGCAGACACCGGCGAGAUUAAAAGGAUCUUGACUGGAGCAGACUUUUAUUUCCAGCCACGUUUCAAUACGGAUGGGACUCGUCUCUCAUGGACCCAAUAUAACCGCCCUGAGCUCCCAUACACGGACGUGAAGCUCUAUUGCGCCGACUGGUCCCCAGAUGGAACGAUCAAGAAUGCACGUCUAGUCGCGGGCAUGGACCACGAAAGUGUUGCCGAGCCUCGUUGGGGCCCUGAUGGUUCUCUCUUCUUUGCUAAGGAAGUUGGCUCGUUCCGUCAGUUGUUCAGAAUUCCGCCUGACAGCUCGCAACAUAUCCCGAUUACAUUGGCUGGCCUGGAGGAUGCGGAGUUCUCGUUCGCCGGACAUGUCGAGUCAAUCAAUACGUACACUGUCCUAGACAAACACCAUAUACUAGCUACGCCGCUUAUUAAUGGAGUAAAUCGUGUCAUAUCUAUCGACACAACUACAGGCAAGUGGAAACAGCUUGCGAAGUACGAGGACAUUUGUCAAGUCCCCCAUGACGCGGUGUGGAAGUAUGAUAGCACGUCAGCGCUUGUCAUUGGUGCUGGCACGAUCAACGGCAAUUCAGUCUAUCGUAUUGAUACUGCUGCGUGCCCUGAGAGCAGCGAAGCCAUUCGAAGAUCAGUAGAUGAAUACUUUCCUACGAACUUAUUUUCACCACCACAAUCUAUCCACAUACGCUCAAAACGUUCACCAUUGCGGGACAUUCACGGCUUUCUAUGGAUGCCCCGUAACAGUGGUUAUGAGGCCCCGCAAGACGCGAGGCCUCCACUCAUUAUCGAAGCCCACGGCGGGCCUACAAGCCAUGCGGGCUGUGGUCUCAGUCUGCCAGUUCAAUAUUUCACAUCAAGGGGCUAUGCAUAUCUCCAAGCCAAUUAUGCUGGCUCCACAGGAUAUGGCAGAGAAUACCGUCAAUCCUUGUUCGGCAACUGGGGGGUUUUAGACACAGAGGACGUCAUUGAGCUCUCUGAUCACUUGCUUGCUUCUGGGCGAGUGAAGCCCGGAGCAAUUGGGAUUACAGGGGCCAGUGCCGGCGGCUAUACCUCUCUCCAGGUUCUGUCGAAAUACUCGAAGAAGUUUGCUGGCGGCGUUUGCUUGUGUGGAGUAAGCGACUUGGAAACACUCGAUAAAAGCAUUCAUAAGAUUGAGGCAGAUAUUGUGCCUGCGUUUGUCUUACGAUAUCCUCCUCAAAGGCCCACGAGCAAAGAAGACCUCGAGAUGUAUCGUGAACGCAGCGCCAUACACCAUAUCGAAGGAAUCACAUCGCCGCUGCUGCUGAUACACGGGAAAAAGGAUACGGUUGUUCCUAUUGCACAGGCACGCAGCAUCUUUCAGGCACUGGAAGACCACGGGGCGGAUGUGAAACUAUUAGAGAUUCCAGAAGAAGGUCACAUGCUCUCGAAACCAGUCACAGUACAGAUAACGAUAGAAGAGAAGGAAAAUUGGUGGAGGAAGACUCUCCUGAAGUGUACAAUCUAA